AUGUUAUCGAAAUUAGUGAUAUGCACUGUGGUGGCCGCUGUAGCAUCACUGCCUCAAGGUUCACCGUCUAGAUCCUAUGGAUUUCCCAGUGGAGGUUCAUCUGGAAGUUUCGGUGGAGUAGGUGGACCUGGAAGUGGAGCUGGAGGCAGUGGAGGAUUCGGAGGUGGAGCUCCUGGUUCCAGUAGUGGUGGUUUCGGUAGUGGAGCCACCGGAGGAUUUGGGAGUGGAGCUCCUGGCGGUGGAGCCACUGGAGGAUUCGGCGGUUCCUCGGGAGGCUUCGGUGCUGGUGGUUCUGGAGGUGGAGCUUCAGGUCCUUUCAUUCCCAUCAUUACCGACGAACGCCAAGGUCCCGAUGAGUUCGGAAACUACAACUUCAACUUCGAAACUGCAAACGGCAUCAUUCGUGAGGAACAAGGAGCCCCACAAGGAGAAACUGGAGCCGUAGCACAGCAGGGUGCUUGGUCAUUCACCUUCCCUGAUGGCACUCCAGCUGACUUCAGCUUCGUUGCUGAUGAAAACGGUUUCCGCGUGGAGUCCGACCUUCUGCCCACUCCCCCUCCCCUCCCCCCGCACGCCAUCGCCCAGAUUGAGAAGGCUCGUCAGGAGGAUGCCGCCGCUGCAGCUUCUGGUGGCCGGCCAGGCUCUGGCUCUGGACAGUUCUCGGGAUCUGGCCAAUCAGGCUUUGGUUCAGGACAGUUUUCGGGAUCUGGCCAAUCAGGCUUUGGUACCGGUACUGGCCAACCAGGAUUUGGUUCUAGUGGCCAGUUUUCAGGAUCAACAUUCUCACAAGGACCCAGCACUGCCUAUGGUUACCCCUAAACUGAACCACCAUAUUUAUGCAACAUAAACUUUGCUGCCAUCUUCUGAUCCAGCGAUAUCAUGAUCUCUUGCAUUAGCCUUCAUCCUUAUCACCUGUUAUUAUUAUAAUUAUAAUAUAAACAUGACGCUUUCUAGUAUUGUAGAUACGUGGUUAUAUUAAAA